UCAUGACCAAUUUUUUGUUAAACAAAAUAUCUUCAGGCACCUCGAACACCACUAAUGGGGGACUCAAUAACAAUAGGGGUUGAUUGCCAUGGUGAAUGGAUCGAGAAAAACAAUCGAUAUAUUUGGCGAUAGAAGGGUGGUGACAUGUUAGAGACGAUAGCGAUGAUUGUCCAAAGAGAUGUUGUGUUUGAUGAUUUUGUGAACCUAAUCAUCACCUAUUGCGGAACUGGAAAAUCUUGCCAACACUUACAUGCACAGAUCUUUUGAAAAUCAGAGGGUCUUGCUAUUUAAGAUAACUGAUCAGGUUCGUUUGCGUGCUUAUUUGAACAAUGUAGCUAGGCCCAUGUUAAGGGUAUAUGUUGUUGGAUGCCCGGUAGAGAACCAAAAUUUAUCUCAAGACCAACAAGAUGUGUUAAAUAAUCAAUUGGAUGGGGGUAGAUGUGGAUAUACUAGAUAAUGGAAGUAGGGCUGACCAGAUUCCUAUACCCGAAGUUGCGAGCAAUACAGUGGGCACUACACAAUCAACACAGUCUAGCCAAGUUCAAGAUAAUGAAACAGUUUUUUUUAUAAAGGAAUGUCAUUCAAGAACAAGGAAGAACUAUCAACUUCGUUGAAACUUGCUUGCUUGAAGAAAGAUUUUAAAAUCAAGAAGGUGAUUAAUUCGCGUUCUGUUUAUUGCUUCAGAUGUGUACGUCCGGAGUGCAAGUGGUGGCUGAGGGCUGUGAAGCUUUUAAGUUCUGAUAGAUUUUUUAUCAGAACCUACAUAAAGCAUCACACAUGUGGUUCUGAGCACAUUACGAGUCAUAAUCCACAUGCUACAGCGAAAGUCAUUGGUGAAUACUUCAAAGAUAGGUUUCCUUACGAUAAAGGCCCAUCAACAAAAGAUAUGAGUCAAUCAAUCCGUACAGAAUUGGGUUGUAAGGUAACUUAUUGGAAGGUCUGGAAGGGCAUGGAGAUUGCAAAGGCUUUGACAAGGGGGACACAUGAUCACGGGCAUGCGGUGCUUAAUGCGUACCGUUAUAUGCUUCGUUCUGCAAAUCCAGGAAGUAAAAUGGCAUUGAAGGUUGAUGAAAGUUAGAAGUUCAAGUACUUUUUUGUAGCCUAUUAGGCUCUGAUGCUUGGUUUUGCGCAAAUGAAAAAAGUCAUAGCUGUCGAUGGCACAUUCUUGAGGAGAAAAUAUGAAGGAGUGUUGUUGUCAGCAGUCGCACAAGACGCGGAGAAUCAUAUUUUUUCGGUGGUAUUUUGUGUAAUGGACAAGGAGUGUGAUUAUUUGUACAAAUAUUUGUUUGAACAAAUGAGAAGCUAUAUAGAGGAUACCCCUGAGUUGUGCAUAAUUUUUUAUAGACAUCUAAGUAUCAAAAAGGCAGUUUCAAUUGUCUUCCCUACAUGUCAUUAUGGUUUUUGCAUGAGGCACCUUAGGGAAAAUCUGAUAACCACCUUUCACAGUGGGGCGGUCGUAUCUCAAUUGUAUAAAGCAGCAAAAGCAUACAAUAUUGAUGUCUUCAAUGUCCAUUUCAAUCAAAUUAGAGAUUUAGUUCCUAGGGCAGCCGAACAUCUUGAACAUGCUGGAUUCCAUAGAUGGAGUAGGGCAUUCUGCCACGGAAAUAGGUAUUUGCACAUUUCUGUUUCCAACAAGUAACACAUCUGCUGUAACUAAUAGGUUACUUGUUGCAACAGAUAUUAUACUUGUUGUGAUUUUCCAACAGCUGAGCCACCUGUUCCAACACUAAUAUGUUUGUUUUCUCAGGUAUAAUUUUAUGAUGAUAAACACUACUGAGUUGGUGAACUCAAUGUUCAAUAUUGUGUAGUUCCUGGGGCCGCCAAACAUCUUGAACAUGCUGGAUCCCAUAGAUGGAGCAGGGCAUUCUGCCCCGAAAAUAGGUAUAAUUUUAUGAUGACAAACGCUGCAGAGAUGGUGAACUCAAUGUUCAAUAUUGAAAGAGAAUUUCCCAUUACUGCUCUAUUAGAUUCCAUAAACAGGAGGUUUGCUGAGAAAUUUCAUGAGAGGCGUAUGGAGUUCAUUGACUCACCAACCAUCUUUGUUCCCUCAAUGGAAAAAAAAGUAUCAAAAUUUGUCAACUUGGGGAAUAAGUUAUUGGCCCAUCAAAUUGCCAACUAUAAGUUCAGUGUCAUCGGUCACGGUUCGAUUGCAACAGUCGAUUUGCAAAGAAGAUCUUGUACUUGUAGAGUUUUUGACCUAGACAAACUACCUUGUCCACAUGCUAUGGCAGCACUUCGAGUCCAAUAUUGUGAAGACUUUGGAAGGCGGAUUUAUGACUACUCACCUGCAUAUUAUAGGGUGGAGAAUUACAUAAUUGUAUACUGUGAGGAAAUGAAUCCCGUUCCUUCUGAAGAAUGUUGGGAAGUUCCUAGGGAGAUUUUAGAGAGAGAAAUACCUCCUCCAUAUGUUGAUCCGAGCAAACCGGGAAGAAGACGGACAAAGAGAAGGCGUGGAAUCAGGGAAUCAUUAGCAACGAGGAAAAACAAAUGCUCCAUAUGCAAAACAGAUGGCCAUAAAAAAACUAUAUGCCCAAAUGGAAUUGGUCCAUAGUUGUUAAUCUUGCAAUGUCUUG